AUGAGCCAGUAUGCUAGGGAAUGGGUUCAAACCGAAGUUGAGAUUUGCAAACGCUUUGAGGAAGGACUGAACAAAGACAUUAAACUACUAAUUGAGAUUCUCGAAAUAAGAGAGUUUUCCAUGCUAGCCGGUCGAGCUAAGAAGGCUGAGGGUUUAAAUAUAGAAAAGAAGCUAGCUGAAAAGGAAACCCGAGUUUCGAGUAAAAGAUUCAUGAGCAAAUCACAACCCUAUGCUUCAAAGAAAUCAAGAAGUUAUCAUCAGCAUUUUACCUCAUCAGUGGGACAUACAGGAAAGGAAAGAAGUUCCAAACGCUCUAAAUCAAGGAAUUCGUCUCCCUCAGCAGCUAGUGUAGGGAGUGUUGGGAACCCAAAGCCAUGGUGUAAUGUAUGUAAUAAAUUGCAUUAUGGUGAAUGCCGGAUGAAAAGUGAGGCAUGUUUCAGGUGUGGUUCACUUGAUCACUUUCUUAAAGAAUUCCCGGAAAAAGCUGAGAAGGAUACUGAACAGCCUCCUAUAUCGAGUAACCUCACCUUAAGGGGUAGACCUCCACGACACCCCGUGUAA